ACCGUACAAACAAACAAACGUAACAUAAUUCGAAGUAACAACAUCAGUCAAAACAAACAAAACAUGGCGAUGACGAUGGAAAGUGGAAGCAACAACAACAACAACGGAGAUGAGUUUGCGGUGGGUUGUUUCCUUUCGAUCAGGACAACGUUAGGUGAUGAAUUUGAAGGUCAAGUUGUUACUUUUGAUCGUGAUUCCAACUACCUCGUACUUCAAGAAGGUUCCAAACAUGGUCCUCGUCGAAAUAUUAGGCUUUUGAAAGCUGAUUAUAUCAAAGAUUUCACCUUUUUAGGUCAAGGUCAAGACCCACUUGAUCCAAAUCAUUGUCUUCUUGAUAUUAAUGCUCUUCAAUCUAGAGAAGAACUUGCAAUUAGACAAGCUGAAGCAGAUGCUGAGAGGAUUGGGGUUGGUGUUACAAGUGAAGCACAGAACAUCUUUGAUGCAUUAUCUAAAACGCUUCCAGUCCGCUGGGACAAGACCGUCAUAGUCGUGAUGAAUGAGGUGCGCGUCAGCAGUCCUUAUCACUCUGAAUGUGUGAUUGGUGGUACUCCUGCUGCAAAUGACCGGGUGAAGAAAGUGCUUGAGUUCGAGAGGAAGAGGUUGCAACUUCGCGGUUCUGGUGGUCAAUAGAAUUACAAAAUUUGCAUCCUAUAAUGGUUGAGAAAGAAACUCCAAGGUAGAAAAACACGAUGAAAAUAUAAUCAAACAUUUCUACCUUGAAGCUCUUGAGUUUUGUUUAUUCAUUAUUUCUAAAACUUUUGGUGAUAUUAUUUACUCGUUUUAUUAGGUUGACCCCGCUUUGACAUAUUUUAUUUUUAUUUCUAAAACCUUGUUUGGAACCCAAUGAUAUGCCAUAUUUGCCACAAUGCUACAUCCACUCCUUCAUCUUA